CAAAAGGUCAAAUUUCUGAAAAAGGGGCUUCUUUGUAAUUGUAAUGGAGAUAAAGUUAACACAGGAAAAGUGUUAUUUGUUCUAAAAGGUAGGAGGCGUAAUUUUUUUUAGCAAGGCCGCACGGAUUCGACAUAGAUUUUUUUACUACAGCUUUGAUUGGUUGUCAGAAGUGUUAAAUGCGUUAAUUCAUUUUCUUCUAGCGAAACAGUGUAUAUAAAUAUAGAAUUUUGAUGAAACAGAAAAGCUAGGGGAUUUUUAACUUUUUAUAACAAUUUUUGUAUAGUUUACGCAAGAAGAGUAUCUUUUUACCAAUUGAAAGCCCUAGUGUUGAAAUAAAGAAUGAUACUUACAGCAACGUUUACAACUUUCCUAUGCUGUCUAACAGUAACUUCCGCCUUUCCCAAACGGACACGAAGAGCUGCCUAUGAUUUGCCAGAUGGAACAAAUCUGUUAUUAAACGACAUUCGUUCAACUUUUUCUUGUGAUGGCGAUGGAUAUUAUGCCGAUGUUGAUAAUAACUGCCAAAUAUUUCACGUCUGUCAUGGUUUUGAAGAAGGUAGACCACGACAAUGGAGUUUUGCUUGUGGAAACCAGACAGUGUUCAACCAGCUCACAUUUACUUGCUCAUAUCCCGAAGAAGCAGUGCCAUGCGAUAGGGCUCCUGAUUUCUUUUAUUUGAAUUCCAAUGUUCUCCAAGGGGAUCCAGAAGUUCCUUUCCUAAAUGAUCAAGAUGUUCAAAACGCUGCAGCUUUUGUGCCCGGAGUCAACAGAUUAUCCGCUAACAGAAACGACGCACCAGCACCAUCAACACCGACUCGCCGACCAAUCAGGGGCUAACUUUGACUUUUCUGUCACCAAAAAUAAUAUUUUGUUCUUCUAUUGUUAUAAAUACUGAAACAAAAAAUAUCUGUGAUUUAGCUUUUAUGGUGCGGGGUGUUAUAGGCAAUUGAGGUUUAAUGUACCGUUUUUUCUUCUUCCUUUAUGUAUUAUUCUCUUGAAGCUUAUUUGCUCUAUUUAAAUUGGUUUAUAGAGUAUUAUCGUUUGUAAAUUAAAAUUAUUUUGCAAUUGUAC